AUGAGAGUCUACGAGGACAGUUUCUCCGGUCAGAAGAUCUACCCUGGCAAGGGCAAGCUCUACGUCCGUGGUGACAGCAAGAUCUUCCGUUUCCAGAACGGCAAGUCCGAGUCGCUCUUCCUCCAGCGCAAGAACCCCCGCAAGAUCUCCUGGACCGUCCUUUACCGCAGACAGCACAAGAAGGGUAUCUCAGAGGAGGUCGCCAAGAAGCGCACUCGCCGCACCGUCAAGAGCCAGCGUGCCAUCGUUGGUGCCUCGCUCGACGUGAUCAAGGAGCGCCGUUCGCAGCGCCCCGAGGCCCGCGCUGCCGCCCGUGCCGCCGCCAUCAAGGAGGGCAAGGCCAAG